AUGUGGCUGUAUGUUUAUAUUUGUUUAGUGUUGUCUAGUCAAGUAAUAGGUGUAGCGAUUUCGUUGAUAGAUAGUGUUCCAGGGCAAAUAACACUACCAACAACAACGCUUGUUGCUACAAGGGCGAGCACCAGUACUUCGUUGGCUGCAUUCUCUUGGACUACGCUGCGAACCACUGUAUUUCGUUCUCGGACGAUACAUCCAGAGUCUUCCACUUCCAGCUCUGUCGUGAAAGAAACCCUUUCGUCAACUAGCAGUGGCAGUGGCAGUGGCAGUGCUUCCACUUCUUCUUCUUCUUCUUCUUCUUCUUCUUCUUCUUCGUCUUCUUCGUCACAAUUCGCUUCGCAAAUCCUACAAGAACACAACGCCUAUCGCAGACUACACAACGUUCCGGAAUUGCAAUGGUCUACGACGCUUCAAAACGUCGCUGCGAGCUACGCAAACGAGUACAACUGCAACGGCACGCUGAUCCACUCAAAUUCGCCCUAUGGCGAAAACCUGGCCCUGGGAUACAACACAUCGGCUGCCGUGGCAGCCUGGUACAACGAAAUAAAGCUCUAUAACUUCAAAAAGCCCGGAUUUUCAGAGAAAACCGGUCAUUUCACCCAGCUUGUGUGGAAAGCCACCACUCAAUUGGGAUGUGCAUACGUCGAUUGUGGGGAAUUCUACGGUCAAUACACCAUUUGCAACUACGAUCCACCAGGAAAUGUAGCCGAUCAGUAUCAACUGAAUGUGCUCAAAAGUCAUUUCUAA